AUGAACUUUGAGAACCCAAAAAGACCAGACUCAGUGCUUAAUCUUCUCAAAGAGAAUGGAUUCACCAAUACCCAGAUCUCCAAAAUUGUCAGGGUACGCCCACUGUUUCUUUUAUCUGAUCCUGAGAAGACCCUUUUGCCCAAGAUUGAGUUUUUCCGUUCUGUGGGGGUUUCGAGCUCUGACCUCCCUGUUAUCCUCUCUUCAAACCCAUCUUUGUUCUCAAGAAGCUUAAAGAAACAACUAAUCCCCUGCUAUGAUUUCCUCAAGAGUGUGCUUCUUGUCGAGGAGAAAGUCGUUACAACUUUGAAGCACUCACCACGGGCUUUUCUAUAUAAUGUGACAAAUAAUAUGGCUCCUAACAUUGCACUUUUGAGACAACUUGGAGUGCCUCAAUCUUCCAUUUCUUUCUUGGUAAGUAAUUAUCCCUGUGAAGCGUUCAGUAAGCAUACUAGGUUUGUUGAGGCUGUCCACCAGGUUAUGGAAAUGGGAUUCGAUCCCUUGAAAACGGUGUUUGUGCUGGCAAUUCAAGUGUUAUUGAAGAUAAGUAAACCGAAGUUGGAGUCAAAGUUGGAGCUUUACAAGCGGUGGGGUUGGUCAAAGAACAUGGCCGUGUCAGCAUUUAAAAGGCAUCCAAAUUGUAUGCUUGCAUCGGAAGAGAAGAUCACGAAAGCAAUGGACUUCAUUGUGAACAAAAUGGGUUGGCCAUCUGCUAACAUUGCUGUUAAUCCUGCAGUUCUAUUUUUCAGCUUGGAGAAGAGGAUAAUGCCUAGGUUUUCAGUUAUUCAGAUUUUAGUAGCCAAGGAUUUGGUCAAGAAUGAUUUGUCCUUGUCGAGUAUCUUAAAACCUAAUGAGAGGAGUUUUUUGGAAAAGUUUGUGAUCAAAUACCGGGACGAUAUUCCUCAAUUGUUGAUUGUGUAUCAGGGUAAGAAGGAUCUUCUGGAGGUAGGGAGUUGA